AUGACGCAUCUCACUACCGAUAAAGAUCAACUCGUGUUUGGCUAUUGGGCAGCUCGUGGUCGGGGUGAACCAUCACGAUUGCUGCUUCACUAUACUAAGACACCUUUUACUGAUAAAAUGUAUCAAAUGGGUGAUGCUCCUGAGUACAACCGCGAUGAAUGGCUCAACGAAAAAUAUCAACUUGGUCUGGAUUUUCCAAAUUUACCCUAUCUGAUCGAUGGAGAGGUUAAGCUUACACAAUCCAAUGCUAUCUUAUACUAUCUCGGUCGUCAACAUAAUCUCAUGGGCAAUAAUCCAAAAGAAGAAGCUCUGAUUAUGAUGCUCUGUGAACAAGCUUAUGAUCUUCGUUCAAUAUUCGCCAUGCUCUGCUAUGGUCCUAAUGGAGAUUCACCAAAUGAACAAAAGAAAUUUCUUGAAACGACUCUUACAAAAAGCCUAGAACAAUUUGAUGCUUAUUUUAGCAAGAAUAAGAACAAGUUUGCCGUUGGUGAUCAACCAACUGUGGCUGAUUUUCAAGUAUUUUAUUAUGUUGAUUGUUCAUGUUCGUUCGAUGGUGGACGUGCCUUGCUCGACAAAUACAUAAAUGUGAAAGAAUUUCUUCAAAGAAUUCGUGAAUUGCCUGAAUUGAAAGAUUACAUCAUCAAAUCACAAGCUCAAUUGCCAAUGCAUCUCAAACAUGCUAAGUUUGGAGCUAAAUAUUUACGAUGUGACAUUAAGACAGAACUCGAUCAACUCUGCUUAGUGUUGUUAGGGAUAUGGGAUAUGCCCGUACCUGGUCUUAUCAUGCGAAUGAUGAGUGAUGUAGACUCGACGCCGAACAUUAAAAUAGAGAAAGAAUUCUUACAAGCUAUUUCGGAUGCUGCUGUUGCAUCGGUACCAUUAAUCACUGUUCUAGUCGGAGGUACUCUUCAUGCAGUUCCAUCAAUAUUCACUGAUUUACAGAGACGAAUUCCAGUUGUUAUUGUCGAAGUAAGUCAUACAUAUUUAAAAAAAAAACAACAAAUAUUAAAUUUUCUUUGA